AUGGACCCAUUGCGGCUUUCGCAGAUAGACGAGGCGUCGCUGUCGUCGCUCGACUCAGACCCACUAUCGACUGCCCAGCACGUCCAGUCGUACCGCCCUCCAGACCAGCCCAAAUCCAGGCAGAACUCCACUGCGUCUGUGCCAGAGCCCUGGGCUGCAGACAACUCGAAAUCGCCAGAUCCGCACCCGCGCCGCAACUCUGGGUUUCGCAGACGCAGAUCGACGCUGACCUCGUGGCUCAAGCGCGCAGUUUCCGAGGAGGCGCUGCAGGAGCCUUCCAGCCGACGACUCACGAGACAGUUCACGCAGCAGACGGCGCCUGGAACGUCGCCAUUCUACGUGGACGGCCUGAUUCCCAGCUCUGCCAACGACGCCAACGAGGAGGUCAUUUCUGCGGUGCUGAACAGCGACGCAUCGGACUCAGAAAGCGACCACGACGACGCGAGCCAGACGGCGUCUUUGGCCCGAGAACCCACCAUCACAAAGCUCACCAGCAUCCGCCGUCAGGUCACCAACGAGGUCAAGGACAAGCUCACGAAAAUCGGCUUUUUCGACCCCAAGUUCAACAAAAUCAAAACCGUGCUCCAUUUCGUCAAGGGCUACGCUUUCAUCACGGGCGUAAUCAUGGCCAUCUACAGUCUGUACUGGGGAGCCAUGUACCACCGCAACUCGCGGCUGAGAAGCUUCCAUUUCUGGGUCGUUGUCGAUGAAGACGACCUGCUUUCGCAGUACGUCGUCGAAGCUACCAAAAUGAUGCCUUUGAUCGGCACGUGGCUUGCCAAGCCGUACCAAACGAUUUCCAACGACACAAGUCAGCUGCACUCGAUUCUCGCCCACAAGGUGUACAGACAGCAGAUCUGGGGAGCCGUGCUAGUGCAGCCGGGCGCCGGGUCGCGGUAUCUGGAGGCGUUGCAGAACGGCACGAGCUUCAACACGUCGGACGUGGUGGAGGUGAUCUACGAAACAGGCCGCGACUACGUGGCGGAGUCGUCGUACUUCACGCGCGGCUUCGCGCAGCUGCAAACAUUCUUCACCGAAAUACAGCCCAACAUGACCGCACGGCUUCUGGAAGAGCUAUCGGACGAGCAGAAACUGGAUAUUCGGUCUCGUGUACCUGCAUCUGCUGUCGCUGCUACAAUUUGCGUUUUUCCAGCCGUACCACAACAAAAUCGCAUCGCAGCUCAAAGACAGCUCUUUUUUGGCGUUCCGGCUGAUCUCGUCGCAGGUAACCUUCCUGGUGCUCGGGCUCGGGUACACGCUGGUGCAGGUUUUCUUCCAGAUCGACAUAUACACGGCGUACCCACACAAGGUGGGGUUCCUCAUCUUCUGGCUCGUGUCGUACCUGGUCCUGUCGUCGCUCGGCGGUGUCAACGAGAACAUAAGCAUCUUUCUGCAGGCCGCCAAACCGAACCUGAUUCCUAUGUGGAUGUUUUUCUGGAUGGUGUCGAACAUCGCCCCCACAUACUACCCACUCAACUUGAGUCCGAAAUUUUAUCGUUAUGGAUACAUGAUGCCUAUAAAGAACGGCUACGACCUGUACAAAACGCUGCUGUUCAACACGUACAAGCACGCCAACAUGCCGCGCAACGUGUGCGUCCUGAUAGGCUGGGUCGUGGCCACCAACUGCCUGCUGCCGUUCACAAUGAAGUUCUAUACCAGGGUCAAAGAGCAGGAGAGCAAGAAGAAGUUGCGACUGCUCAAGAAGAUCAAACGGCUGCGUAA